AUGACUGAGUUCACCAAAGCAGGUUCUUCUCUCUCUGCUGGGUUAGGCCAAGCAUUCGCUGAGGCUACCACAUGCUUUUUCAAGCCUGAUGGCUUUCAUUUCCAAGACGGUGGCAUGGCCCUUGAUCUAGACGGGGAUAGCUUCAGGCUGUUUGCGAAAGUGGGCGUGGUGUUGCAAGACGGCGGCGCUCAUAAAACUGUCUGGCAAGCAAGGGGCGACAGCGCGUCCAAGUUUUGUGUGCUUUGCAAGAAUAUAUGCACACCUGAUUCAAAGGUAGUUGAAGAGGACGGUUCAGCCAUGUUGCGCUGUAACCAAAUACAUCUCGAUGAGCUCGUGGCGUCCACGGACCAUGAGCUUCGCGCGAAUGCCAGGUAUCUGGAACGCAUGUCGCGGACUUUGUCAAAUGAUGAGUCUGUGGCGUUGCAGCAAGCGUUGGGUUUGACGUUUGCUAAGCGGGGCUUGCUGCUCGAUAGAGCCUUGGACAGGCUGGUCAACCCGACAAAGGUGUUUAUGCAUGACUAUAUGCACGCGCUCUUCGUCGACGGUGUCGUGAAUCUGGUGACUUGCCUUACGUUCGAAGCCUUCAUAUCUGCUGGGCUCAACGGCGUGUGGGAGUCAUUCUCGGAGUUCUUAGCACAUUGGGCGGUCCUGCGACCCAUGGGGGCAGCCAAUGCGGCUUGCGACGCUAUGAUUUCUUGCGUUCGGUUGUCGGAGCUUGUAGUUGCAACCAGUCGGAUCGACGUGAGCCCAGCGAGGCUUUUAGGUUGCGUUCAUAAGUUUUUAGAGUCGUUUACUGCUGCUUUCGGGUAUGAGUGCUUGACGCCCAAAUGCCACUGGCUUCUCCACCUCCCUGAGAUACUUGAGAAAAACGGGCGGCGCUUAAAUUGUGCUGUCCUUGAGAAGAAGCAUAGAAUGCCGAAGCGAUGCGCCACCGAAUUGGCGAACAUCUCUGGAUCAGCCAGCAAGUCGUUGCUGAGCGAGCGCUUUGCCCACCACCUUUCUGCAAUAGCAAGCCAUAGUUUUGAUUGCGACGUUGGCUUGGUGCAGGGACGCAAGGCCCCCAAGAAAAGCAGACAGCUGAUAAUGGACGCAUUGGGAUUGGAAGGCGAUGAUAUCCCAGUCAACGUGGGCAAAGAUUCUCGCUUCAGCCAGCCCGGCUUAUGCGCUCAAGGUGACGCUGUGCUUCUAAAUGGCCCCGAUGGCAUACUGGCCGCCCGCGUGAAGUUGCGUUUCGAGGUCAGUGAAGAAGCUGUUUCUAUGAUGGAGGUGAUGGAGUUUUCCCAACGCAUCCGUGGCACUGCAAAGGCGGUGUGGAGACUGUCAGAGUCUCCAUUGCAAUGUUGGGAGACUAAAGCCAUCUUGGCUGCAGUAGAGCACUGCGUUUACGCCGACGGCACCGUCGGCACCAUCCUGCCAUUCGAGUUUUCAUGA